AUGUCGACCAAGGCCGCCACGGCCAUCGGGCUGCCGCCCGGCCUCAACUUCCACCCCGACGACGACGAACUCAUCGAGUUCUUCCUCCUGCCCACCGUCCGCGGCGAGCCAGCCUGGUUCCCGGGCGUCAUCGUCAUCGGCGACGACACCGCCGCCAACACGCUGCCCUGGAAGCUCCUGGAGCGCCACGGCCUGGCCGGCGACGAUGAGGCCUACUUCUUCGUGCGCACCAAGGACGGCAUAAAGGAAGCCGCCCGUCAGGAUCGCUACUGCGCCGGCGGCGCGAGGUGGGUGUCGCAGAGGCCCGUGUUGGGCGCCUCGUGCAUCGGCGGCGAGAGGAUCGAGUGGAGAAGGAUCAACCUGAACCUGCAGAUGGGCCGCGGCAAGAGCAGCGGCGGCGGCGGCGGCAGCACUGGGUGGGUGAUGCACGAGUACACGCUCACCGAGCCGGCGUGCCCGUUCCUCAAGAUCUGCCACGUCUCCUUCUCCGGCCACGGCAAGGGUCGCAAGCGUGUUCCCGACGAGGAGUACUCCGACUGCUGCCGGACGGCCGAGCCCGCAUCUAAGCGCGCUCGCGUCGACGUCGCCGCCGCCAACAGUGGUUCAUCGACUUGUGUCUACGGAUCUACAACGCCCAUGAUCGGUGACCCCAACGUGGCGCAUGCUUCUGCAGGACAGCAAGAACACUCGCCGUCACCUUUUCCGAUCUACCAAGGCAUCUCAGCGAUUUGUGGUUAUGAUUAUGAACCGGCGCAAGUUACCGACGAGCAAAUCCUGGAGUGGGGUAGUAGUUUCGCUAGUUUGCUGGCCGACGAUGCAGUGCCGACAGCAGAGCAGCACAAGACCGACGAGCAGUUGAUGAAUCCAGGAAACCGUCGCCGCCGUAGCAGCAGAAAGCUCUGA